ACCCAUUCCCGCUUCCCUCGUCAACCGAAUCAACCUCCCCUCCCCCCUCCGCGGAUCGAUGGUUCUCAGGGCGGCGGCGGCGGCGGCGGCGGCAUGAGCCGAGCCGACGGGGGCUCUCGUGUGGAACGCAGCCGAGCCAGAUGGACGCCGCCGCGCGCCCCGCCGUCGUCAUCGACAACGGCACAGGGUAUAGCAAACUUGGAUUUUCUGGUAACUCUGAGCCAUGCUUCACCAUCCCUACUGUAGUAGCUGUCAAUGAGUCUUUUCUGGACCAGUCAGAGAUGUGCAGUAGCGCAAAUUGGAUAGCACAGUAUAAUGCAGGUGUCAUGGCUGAUCUGGAUUUCUUUAUUGGAGAUGAGGCUCUAUCACAAUUUAAAUCUAGUGGGAUGUACAGUUUAAAACAUCCAAUUCAUCAUGGUCAGGUUGAUGACUGGGAUACAAUGGAGAGAUUCUGGCAACAGUGCAUUUUCAACUAUCUGCGGUGCAAUCCUGAAGAACACUACUUUCUUCUGACCGAUAGUCCUGUCAGUACACCUGAAAGUCGUGAAUGUGCAGGGGAAAUUAUGUUUGAGACUUUCAAUGUUCCUGGAUUAUAUAUUUCUGUUCAAUCUGUCCUUAGUCUUUCUGCUGGAUACGCCUUUCUGAAAAGUAUUUCUGAUGAGAACUCGGAUUCUGCGUCUGAUAUGACAGGUGUAGUAGUUGAUAUUGGGGAUGGAGCUCCACAUGUGGUGCCAGUUGUGAACGGCUAUGUAAUUGGGAGUAGCAUAAAGUCUUUUCCGUUUUCAGGAAGUGACAUCACACAGUUUGUUUUGCAGCUUUUACAGGAAAGAGGUGAACUUAUUCCACCUGAGGAUUCUUUGGAUAUAGCUCGUAAGGUGAAAGAAAUGCAUUGCUACACUGCUUCAGAUAUUGUCAAGGAGUUCAAGAAACAUGACAAGAAGCCUGAUAAGUACAUCAAACAGUGGUCUGCAAUUAAGCCAAAAACUGGGGUCCCAUACACAAUUGAUAUUGGAUAUGAGCGUUUUCUUGGUCCAGAGAUCUUCUUCCAUCCUGAGAUUUACUCGACCGACUUCUCCACUCCUCUACCUGAACUAAUUGACAGCUGUGUUCAAUCUGCGCCGAUUGACACUAGGAGAGCUUUGUAUAAGAAUAUAGUAUUAUCUGGUGGAUCUACAAUGUUUAAAGACUUCCACAAGAGACUUCAAAAUGACAUAAAGAAGAUAGUUGAUGAGCGUGUUGCCGCAACUAAUGCCCGUCAUCAUGUGGAGGUCAAACCUGUUGAAGUCAAUGUGGUCGCUCAUCCUAUACAGAGUUAUGCAGUUUGGUUCGGAGGUUCAGUAGCUGCAUCUAACCCUGAAUUUUAUGAGUGUUGCCACACAAAGGAAGAAUAUGAGGAGCAUGGAGCAAGCAUCUGCCGGACCAGCACCGUUUUCAAAGGAAUGUACUGAGUUUUCCACCUGUCCAAAUCUCUCGGUAGGAGUUCGUUUAGGUUUCACCAGAUAGAAACAUAGUCAAAACUGAUUCUUUUUUGGCCCAUCCAAAGCAUCGUUGGGUUCAUCCUGAUUAGAUUGAUAGCUCAGAUUGUUAGAAAUUCUCUCUGUUGCUGUGUAUAGCCAGCACUUCCUGUUCGAGGUUAAUGUUUUGUAGCCAAAACCUUGAGCAGGAGCUUUCCCCUUUCUA